ACUGACAUAUAUUCCGAGAGUCUCUCUCUGUUCAGUCACGAGUCUGAGAUGAGCGAAAAGACUGCCAUCCCAAAGGUAACGGCGACCACUGCGUCGAGGGCCAUCCUCCUCAAACUCAUCUUCUUCAGCGCGUCAUUGGCCGUUCUUCCCAUAUCGUCUUAUUUCAUCUCUCAAAAAUACUUUUGGAGUGGUAACGCCAACUACGCGGCCAUCACCGCCGUCCUCGUCGCCAACGCCGUUCUGGUGUCCUACAUCGUGAGCUCGGUGAUGGAUGACAAGGAGUCGAUGCGGAGUGCGGAGCAGCACAAGUUGGGCGAGUCGAAGAAGGAGCGGUGAGGAGUCUGGGGUUGGUGGGUGUGUCUGUGUUGGCGUCCCUCGCUGCCGAUUUGUUGUUCAUUGGGGAGGCAGUUUGGCGGGGAGAACGUACCGAGGCGAGGCGAACGCGGAAUGGGAAGCUGGGCUAUGUGUAGUUGGAGUGUCCAGGCAGCCCUCUUUUGUUUCUACCACCGUAUCCUACCAUCCACCUCUUUUGGACUAGGGGUGAUCGAGGACUAGGAUUAUCUACACUUCGUUCUAUCAAAAUUGACUACCGUACAUUAGACGCUGUCCUAUUUCGAGUUAUUCGAUGUAUCAUGCAGUGCGAUAUCGAUGACCUUGAUAUCUUUAGACGAACAAGUUCUCUUGAUCGCGCAGAUAACUUCAUUAGCUUCUUUGCAUCACUUGCGCACCGUUGAUUAAAUUUACUCCAUACCAACAGAAAUUAAAGAGGAUGAAUAUAACUAAAGGCUGUACUCCCAACUGCAACCCACCCGCUGUCUGCACAUCCCACCAUCCCCAGGCAUUCAGAUCAUGAUCCUACGCAGUCUGCGAACAAGUCCCUUGUUCGGAUUCUUCGAUGCCGUACAGCCAACGAGCGACACAACACCGCGGAUAGUCGACGGCGAUGAAACGAACGAAGAGUAGGAUUCAAACGACGACGAGACGCAGGUGUCCGGAGAUGGCGUGUCCGUGUCUUCCGAGUCCCCCUUGCCCGAUUCCAAAGAGUGCGCCGUCUCGGGGGACUGUGUAGGCGUCGUGAGCGCAGUAAUAUAAGAGAAUUCUUCCAUCUCAGACGUCAUAGACAUCUCGCUGGUCCGUUCAGGAGAUUCAGCAGUAGCCUGGGAUGGGGAUGGGGUGCUCGCGGCUGAGUGGCAGCUGUAGUAGAAAGU